AUAUUAUCCCUAUUGGAGUCUUUUGUGGACUCAAAAGUGUUGGUUGCCUAGAGUUUCUCCAACUCCAUUGCACCACCGAGGCACUGUGACACCAUCUCUUCGUCUUUCUUCUCACGGCAACCAGCAUCAUCUUUUUUCUGUUCUUCUCCCUUCUUUGAGUGGAGGAAAUGGCGUUCAGGUCAAAGGAAACAAUGAAAAAGAUUCUGAAGAAAGUUGGAGAAGAUAAUAUUACAAGGGGUGUAAAAGAGGGUUUAACGAAGUAUAUACCGAAUAAUAAGGUUGUAAUGGGUCGUGCUAAGCGAGGACUUUUUGCUGGUCGCCAUAUUCAGUACGGGAACCAAGUUAGUGAAGAUGGAGGAAAUAAGACACGGAGAACUUGGAAGCCUAAUGUGCAAGAGAAACGACUCUUCAGCUAUGUUCUGGACCGCCACAUUCGUGUCCAUGUGACAACACAUGCCCUACGUUGCAUUGACAAGGCUGGUGGGAUUGAUGAGUAUCUAUUGAAGACACCAUAUCAUAAAAUGGACACAGAGAUGGGCCUUCUGUGGAAAGCCAAAAUUGAGAAGAUGUACAAAGACCUUGGGAAAAUGGAGGUAUCCUUCUUCUCACCGGAAGAUGAAGCAAAAUUUGAGCAAAGUUUUAAGGAAAUGAAACUAGAUGAAAAGACUGCUCGAAGAGAAUUUAGAAGACGGUUGUAUGGUUUGUCAGCAAAGUCUGAGGGAACAAUAGAUCCCCAGGGUGGUGAGUCAGAUGAUGGAAGCUCACAUUCAGAUCUUGAGAUUGGACUUUGUUGCCACUUUUGAGCUUUUGAAUUAUCUUUCGAUGAUAUAAACAAAUUUUGCAUAGUUACUCCUGUGGCUGUAAUAUUUGACAUUAAUUUUUCUUUUUUACAGUUUCAUAUCAUGUAGGCUAAUUUCAUAAGGAGACAUGGUAUGACAUAUAUAUGGGGUGCUGAGAAUUUUGAUGACUUCAGCUGAACACAAUUGUAGGGGUAGUUUGUUCUCUGUUAUGGGAUUUUAGGUUCUGAUCUGCUUUUGCUUUUUGUUUAUGAUUUACAUGACAUGUACAAGCUGUAUUCGAUGUCCCUACAUCUUUGGCUAGAAGAAUUACUAAACUGUUAUUGUUUAAUAAAAGAUUAAUCCUUUUCUUUUUGCA